CCACCCCCGCCCCUCGAUUAUUGAUAACACCCCAAAAGUGACACCUGAUUAAUAUGAUCACGGCUGAUUACUCGCUUUGCAUUGUGGGCUCGGCCUCGCUCCCCACGUGUCGCCUGUGGAUCCGAGUUAACAUGGUACCCGCUUCACUUACGUUCGCUCUCAUCCUUUCUCUGCGGCGUCCAGUUUGUCGGACAAAUGUCACGCUUGUGAGAUAGCUCGACACACUUGGCUCUGUGCAGGUUGGAUUCACUCUCCCUAUACCUCCUGAUUCCGCUAGCUAAAAUAUGGCCAGCGGGGAUGACGACGACCCCAUUAUAGAGGAGAUUGACGUCUAUCUCGCCAAAAGCCUAGCCGAGAAGCUUUAUCUACUACAGUACCCUGUGAGACCAUCCACCAUGACCUACGACAACGUCAGCCUUUUGGCCGCCAAGAUCAAACCCAAGCAGCAGAGGAUGGAGCUUCAUGUUGCCAUGAACACCACGAGCCCCAACUACUGCAGCAGCAAGGGCGAGCAGAUGGCGCUGAACGUGGAUGGCAUGGGCAACGACGAGAACAACACCUAUUCGAUGAAAAUGAUGGACCAUCAGAUCUUCUCGUCCACCCAGGCCACCACCAACACUUCCCUAUACGCUGCCGCCGUCUUCCGAAAAGGCGAGCUUCACAUGACUCCGCUGACGGGAAUCCUGCAGAUGAGGCCCAACUUUGCGUACUUGGACAAGGCCGACAACAGAACCCGGGAGCGAGAAGCGGCCAAUGAAGGUGGAGACUCGUCCCAGGACGAAGGCGAGGAUGAAGCCAAAGCUAUUUCGGUGAGAUUUGCUCGGCCCGAGUCGGAGCAAGCGCACCGGAGGAGGAUCCAGUCAUACGAGUACCUCCAGAAGAAGCAAGCCGAGGAGCCCUGGAUCCAUUUACAGCACCACGGCGUCCAUGAUGGGCGGUCGGAACACGAGAGGCAGUAUUUGUUCUGUCGGCACGGGGACGCCUCUGACAACUCUCAGCUGGUCAAAACGCCCAUGGAGUACCUCACCAUGCUGAUGCCACCGCCGGCAGAGGAAAAAGUCGUGAAGCCCAUUGGCCCGAGCAACGUGCUCUCCAUGGCCCAGCUGCGCACGCUGCCGCUCGGCGAGCAGAUCAGGACGUUGAUGAAGAACGUGAAGGUGAUCCAGUUUGCCAACCUGAUGGGCCUGCUGGCCUCGGGCACCGAUGCCACCGCUGUGCUACGCUGCAUCCAACAAGUGGCGCUGCUAGUCCAGGGCAAUUGGGUGGUGAAGAGUGACGUUCUGUAUCCCAGAAACACAUGCAGUCCUCACAGCGGAGUUCCGGCUGACGUGCUGUGUCGGGCGCGAGACUUUGUGAUGUGGCGGUUUACUCUGGAACGCUCCCUGAUGAGGAAGGAAGUGGCGGCCGUGAUCAAACUUCCUCCAGAGGAUGUGAAGGAUUUCCUCGAGCAGGUGGCGGUGCCUCGUGCGAACCGCGGCUGGGAGUUCCUGCUGCCCUCCGACCCCGACUUUGUCAAGAAGCAUGCCGACGUGGCCCACCGGCAGCACAUGCUUUGGCUGGGUAUCCAGAGCAAGUUGGAAAAAGUCUUUAACUUCUCAAAAGAUGACUUUGUGCCAAAGAAGGCUCCCCAGUCUGCAAGUGUGGAGUCGGUCCACAUCAGCGGCGAGCAGGGUCUGAAGUUAGCCCACGAGCGCGCUCGGGAGAAACGGGCUUCUCUCCAGAAGGAUCCGGAGGCCAAGCGAGCAGGCGGCGUCCGCGUCAAACAGGAGCCCCUCAGCGACGGCGAAGCUGAGCCCAUGGACACGUCCUCUCCUCCGGCGUCCCGGUCGGGCGUCCCCAACGGCUCCCUCAACGGUUGCGGCGAGCACGCGAACGGCGGCAGGCCCGCCAACGCGCCCUCGCCAGAGCUGCUGGGCUUUGUGACAAAGACCUUUGGAAAGAAUCCCGUCCUGACGCUCAACGAGCUCAAGAGGCUCUUUAGCCUCCACCUGGCCGCCAUGCCGGCGGGACACAUCCCCUUCGGACCCGUGUCGGACCACAUGCUGCAGGACGCCGUGCUGCUCAGCCGCUGCAGACAGAUCAUGGUGCCUUUUCCCGCUCUGACCGCAGCUUCUGCCGAUGAGCAAAAGGUGUUUGGCUUGUGGGAGACCGGAGAGGACGUUGACAAGCAUCGGCACCUGCUUUACGAGAUGUUCACCAAAACCUACCGUGUGAAACGGAGCGCGGUGCAAGCCCGACUUGGCGAAGAGUUGGGCGACGUCGCCAAGGCCGACGUGGACCGGCUACUCAAGGAAUGCUGCAGCAGCCACGCCGGUAUGUGGUACCUGAAGGGAACCAUCCAGUCUUGACCCAAGCGGCCUGCCCCCGGGGGCACCCUGAGGCAAACGAGGCGUCCCAAGGAACGCCACCGCGGCCCGUCACCACGAGGAUGACACGGUCUGCCGCUGGGAAGGAUGCAAAAGAGGUCUCUGAAGGACAAGCGCUCGAAACACAAAUGGCUCAUUAUUUAAGUCGGGCCUCCUCUCCGAUGGAGCUUUUUUUAAGGCUUACACGGCUGCCAAUUUGCAUUGAUCCACUAACAUUUUAGGUUUAGGAUGCAGCAAGACACAUGGAGCCUCAGUCGUGUCAAUCAUAAACCCCAAAAGGUAAUUUCCGACUUUUUGCAGCUGGACUUGUGUUCACCACGAUGGUGGUUUGAAAGAAGGGACAAAUGUUUCACUGCUGCAUUUUGUUUGCCUUUCACCUGGAUGCACAGGAACAGUUGUGGAUGAUCAAUAAAAUGUAAACGUCUA